AUGGGUCCUAGGCUGCUAAAGCCGGCUGCACUGCAGCAGCAGCAGCAGCAGCAGCAGCGGCAGCAGCAGCAGCAACAGCAGCGGCAGCAGCAGCUACAGCAGCUACAGCAGAGACCGCAGCUGCAGCGCGAAAGGAACUACUGGUGGUACACAGCAGAAAGAGCCGCAGCAGAAACCGCAAGAGCAGCAGCAGCAGCAGCACAAGCAGUAGUGGCAGUGGCAGCAGCAGCAGCAGCAGCAGCAGUGGUAGUGGCAGCAGCAGCAGCAGCAGCAGCAUCAGCAUCGGCAGCAGCAGCAGAGAGCAGCAGCAGCAGCAGCAGCAGCGAGGACAUAGCAGCAGCAGAAGGCCCCGAGCUGCUGCCUGCUGCUGCGCGGCUUGCUGCUGGGGGCCUCGCGCUGCGGCGCAUGCAAAGCUUCAGCAGAGACCCCGGGCUGCUCGUUGCUGCUGGAGUCUUCGUGCUGCUGCUGUCUGUGGGGACUUUCGUGUUUGCUGCUGCAGUGCUGCUGCAGCAGCAGCUGCUGCCGCUCGUGGGGCUCAGCAGCGCCCCCAUCGGCAAAGAAAUUUACUUCUCUUGUCUUCCUCUUUGUUCUUUAGUCACUCUCACCUUUUGGGUUUACUGGCAGUGGCUCGCCCUCAAGUACUUCCGACACUCCUAG